AUGUCGGAUUCUCCUGAGGGGCUGCGUGGAUAUCAUGGCAAUAAUGUGGCAGUGCGCACAUUGAUGAUUGUCUUCACCUCCAUCGCAUUAUACAACGCCCUCGAAUUGUUCAUAUUGUUGUUUUUGACCUUUACUCAUUAUCGUGGACUCUACUUUUGGACGCUUUUGCUCUCGGUUGUCCUCGGGGUGAUCCCUCACGCCAUUGGCUAUCUGCUGGGCUUUUUUUCCCUAGCACCAUUAUGGUUGUCUUUGACUAUUACCACUAUUGGCUUCUACGUCAUGGUCCCGGGCCAAUCGGUGGUCCUAUACUCUCGGCUUCAUUUGGUGGUUCAGAGCACCAAAGUGCUUCGGUUUGUUCUUUGGCUGAUCAUCAUCGACGCAAUGCUUCUCCUGAUACCAACGACCGUUCUUACCUUCUGCAACGCAUACGCUGCCACUCCGCCAGCCAGUCGCGGAUAUAAUAUCAUGGAGCGGUUGCAACUGGCCUGGUUCUGCGCGCAAGAGAUUCUCAUCUCGGGAAUUUACAUCACCGAGACCGUGAAGCUGCUCAGACUGAUGCCAGACAAGGACCGACGACGGUCUCGAAUCAUGUAUGAAUUGCUGGCCAUCAAUUUCGUCAUCAUAUUGCUCGACGUUUGUCUACUCGUUGUGGAAUACAUUGGGUAUUUCAACCUGCAGACUACAUUGAAGGCCAUGGUCUACAGUAUCAAGUUGAAGCUCGAGUUCGGUGUGCUCGGAAAGCUGGUCAAUAUUGUGCAGAAUCCUCGAUCGCAACCCACUUCGUCCGAUCAUGAAGAAUACCCUGGCUUCGUGGAUCCUACCCAAUUUACAUCGGAUGUCACUCAUGCAGCCCCACUGGAGUCGCGACAGGGACGGAGGGGCUGGGAUACAAUGUCCGUGGAGAGUCUGCCCAGUUCUGAGCGCAGAAUUCGACCAUCUACCCGGUCGACCGACAACAGCAUGCAUCCACCCUGA